AUGUCAACCCUAUGUUCGUAUGACGAAAUUUACAAAAUAUGUACCUCACAUUUUGAUCUCCUGCCGUAUAAUGAUAGUGAGACCAAAUUCACUAUCAUUGUGUCAUGUGUCAUGUCUUCAUUUCGUAUAAAAAGCCGAUUGUUAUACAUUGUGACGACCCAAGAACACCUUAAUGAUUGCGGCACUUUUUAUUUUUCAUUUUUCAUAUGA